AUGCCACUUGGAAUUCUCCGCUUUGGUGUCGAUGGCGGCGCGACGUCGAGCAUGGUUCGGCGGUUCACGAUCGUAGACCACCUCACAUCGACCGCCACGGACAGCCCAUCGUCGUGCGAGGAAGAUGUAGCGCCAUUGGGCCUGUCGGACUUUCUGAAAGAGAUCGAAUACCCGACCAUUUCAGGAUCGGAACAACGACCCACGACGACGUCCUUCGCUCCUGCGGCCGCCCCCGCUGCGACCGGCAAUUCUGUUGGCGAUGAUGUUGUCCCUAGUGUUGGCUUGCCCUGCUCCGACGAAGACGACGUGAUGGAUCCAGACGAGUUGUACCGCCGCAUACUCCUUCAACACCCUGACCUGACUGCCCCUCUCUUGACGGGCGUGCCAGUGGCGAAUGCCGAGGCGACGCCAUGUCACCCUGACGUGAGCGACCAAGCUCUCGACGCCAUCGAAACCUCGGACGAACCAGUCAUUCUCGUCUCAAGUCCACGGCCCAGACUCGGUCCUCGCAGCCAACACCUAGGCACAACGUGCACGCCAGCCGCAGCCCCCGACAAGCCAGUGAAAGAAAGGCAUCGCCACGAACUGGACCCGGCACUCGCGGAUAUCCUGCGGCGGCACAACGAGCUCCAGAGGAAGCGCACCGCCAUCAUGACUCAUCCAACCAUCCAGAAACAGCUCAAGUCGUUUUGGUCGAUGUGCGUCAAGCCGACGGUAGCUGAAGGAUGCGCCACGGCUCCAGGACUCGCGCGAGAUGGGUACCAUCAGUUUUACGCUACGCUUCUUGGAGGUAAUGCUUUGCCAUGGUGCGAUGACGCCUCGUCAUCCAUCAACAGGACUUACCACCGACUGGGACGUGGGGCUGGGAGCAUCCAUCCUCCACCGAGGGUGGGAAUACGACCGGCGAGGCAUGGAACGGAUGGACGUGAGCUGUUUUUGUGCAUCGCUUUACUUUUUCGUCGAGCACUGGGUGACGGACACAACUUUGACAGAGUACCAACGCGUCCUGAAGCGCCUUCGCGAGAUCCUCCAAGCACCUGCUACGACCAUAGGGCAACCACGCAGCUGCCACGAAUCCCAUGGCGGCGACUCCCCACCUUGCACACCCGCCACGGCUCCACCGCUUGGUGCCCAAAUGAGUUUGUUGCAGUUCCAUCAAAAGCUGCAACUCCAAGCCGAACAAAAGGCCCUCCAAGUGUUGUUGGGCAAGUCCAUGGACUUUGACGCGUCAGCAUACCUCCGCUACGUUCUCCAGCAGCAACAGCCCAAGCCAAGCUGUCCGCCUCCCCGCCGCCACUCCAACUUUGUCUGUGCAGGGAAUGCCCAUGUCCAAGGCCUUCGGCCGAUUCAGUCGGUCGCACAGAUUCAGAUCAACGUGAAGGCCAAAGUCCGUCCUGCCACAGGCGGCUCAGUCCGUCGGGACUCUGCCCCGGACACCAAGAAACCCAUGCCAGCGCUCUGUCGCCCCCUGAUACACCCCAAAUCCGCGGGCAAAGACAAAGUCCGAUCGGUGCACCCCCUGCCGCAACUGUAGCACCCCACGAGCUGCAGCUCCUAUUUAGACUUUUUGUGAUAUAUCCUACACGACAUGAGAGCGAUGUGGCGGCGGCGGCGAGGCUUUCAACGCAUGGUAGAGGGAAUACCACAGCCGAAUCUUGGCCUUGUCUGCAUCGGUCGGAAGUCGGUGAAAGCGACGGACAAAAUGGAUGGUCCACUGCUGGAUACAUUGCCUCCACUGUUGUUGUAGCUUUGCAUGGAGUGUCGGUGACGCCAUCGCCUUGGACGCAGCUCGGGACGCGUCGAUCAAUGCAGCCACAACGGAUGCAUCCACCGGCGAUGGGAUCAACUGCCGUGUUUGUUGCUGGCUCUGCAAGUCGUGGAAGAGAUUCACACUGUUCGAGUCGUGGCAAUGGAGUAAGCACACUGCUGGCGACGCCACGUGAACCCAGCCUUGCAACACCGUCCACCCGGAAUCGUCGAGCAGGGCCAGCUUCACCAGCAGCCAUGGAUUGUCGAAUUGGACCACCACGGCCACCUCGACAUCGCAAUGUUGUGCCGGCGAUUCGAUCCACGCAGGGCUUUCCACGGCGAGGAUUGCACUCCAGUGGACGGCGAUAGCGACGUCUGGUGCUUCCUCGGCACGUGGCGCGUGUGGGAUGGAGGGCCGUAAGAUGGCUGAAAACGCUGACACAUUUGACGGCAAAUUGAGCUCGGGGACGGCAGACACACACACGUCGAUGUGGAGGAAUGCAUUGUGUGGCAUGUCGCUUUCCGCAGGAGCUUGUUUCGGCUGGACAGUCACCUGGCACAGGCCAGCAGGGACUUGCCACGUCUUUGCAACGUGCAACGUGCGCAAAGCAUUUCGUUUGUGGGGGUGCAGGGUGUCAUGC